CGGAGCUAGGUUUGAUCAUGUGAGACGACUUUGUUGUAUGGAUAAGAACGACUUCUCUCAAUCUCUCUCUAGUUCUCACUUUCUCUCUCGUAAUACAAUUUCUCUCUCUAGAAUAAAACAGCUUCUACCGCCUCCAAGUCCUACAAGAACCCAUUCCCUCUCACACCGCCCCCAAAAUCUCACUCUUCUGCCUUCUCUUUUCUCUUCUCUUCUUCCUCCAAAACAAGUAAACAAACAACACUCUCACAUUCACCACAACACAAACACAAACACAAACAAAGACAACAACCUUGUUUGUCUGCAAUCAAAACCUUUCAAGCUGGCGUUCGAGAACCAAGACACCCCUGUCCGAGAAAUCAAGCCCAAGAACCGGAGAAUCAUGGGUGCUGGAGGCCCUGAUGACGAGGACAAUAGGUGGCCACCAUGGCUGAAACCUCUUCUCAAAGAGAGCUUCUUUGUUCAAUGCAAGCUUCACGCUGAUUCGCACAAGAGCGAGUGCAACAUGUAUUGCUUAGAUUGUAUGAACGGUGCUCUCUGCUCUCUCUGCCUCGCUUACCACAAAGAUCACCGUGCUAUUCAGAUAAGAAGGUCUUCAUACCAUGAUGUGAUUAGGGUUAAUGAGAUUCAGAAGGUGUUGGACAUCACAGGGGUCCAAACCUACAUUAUCAACAGCGCAAGGGUUGUUUUCUUGAAUGAGAGGCCUCAGCCAAGGCCUGGUAAAGGUGUCACCAACACUUGUGAAGUCUGCGAGCGCAGCCUUCUUGAUUCCUUCCGAUUCUGUUCUCUUGGUUGCAAGAUUGUUGGGACUUCAAGGAACUUCCAGAAGAAGAAAAAGUCAGCGGCAAUGGGAUCAGACACAGAGGAUUCUUCGUACAGCAGCAACAGCAGCCAUGGGAAGAAGAACAGCUUCACACCGUCCACACCGCCUCCAACUUCUGUUAAUUACAGAACGGCCAAGAGAAGAAAGGGAAUUCCACACCGUGCCCCAAUGGGUGGGCUAGUCAUAGAAUACUAGAAAUUAAGUUAGUAGUAACUUUAGGUUAUUUGCUAUAAUGCCCCCUGAUAAAUUUUACCUCAAAACGCAACUUUCUCCGUGCAGUUUCACCCGUCACAACACACUCGAGCUUUUUGCUGUAAAAGGCCGGUGCUGGAAUUGUGUUCCCUUCUCUGUUCCUUGUUAAUAGCGUUUGUCUAUAUAGGAAAAAUCCAAUAGAAGUGAAAAAAAGGUUGAGAAAGUAGAAAAAAAAUAAGACAUGUGAUCUGUGAAAUAGUUUGAGAGAAAAAGAAUGGUGCAGCAAAAUAAGCAAAUGUUCCUUUCAACCAAAGUACAGGAAGAUGAGGAACAUUAUAGGUUUGGUUUCUAGAGCAAUUAUACGUAAGUUUUGGGGUGGGUGUAAAUAGUGGCUUGGGGAAGAAGACAGUGACAAUGUACUCUUUCCAAAUAGAUGGAUUGUUUAUGGAAUGGUGAAAAAUAAUAAUAGUACUAAUAGAUUUUCUUAAA